UCUGUCACAUAAACUUCCUAGGGUUUUCUUUUGGUAUUUUUUUUCCGUCAAUUGAACAACCGUACCUCCGCCGGAAGUUGAUCACUCCGGCGACCACUAUUGCUAGUCCCUGUGUUUUCUUUUCACGGGGUUAUUGAAGAAUCUAACCGGCUAAUAGGUGAGGUGAAAUACAAAUUAGCCUGAAAUGGGUGUCGAUCUGGAUGUCCAGGACCCUUUUCACGAGUCUCUUGUUAGAUCUCAGUUCAAAAAAAGGAAAGUAAGUUUGGAUGGUGACCAUGCUUCUUCAGCAUGUUUGGUUUCCCAUGAGAUCAAUUCUUUUUUUCCUACUCUGCGAGCCUUUGAUUAUUUCAUGGAACCUAGUUUGAGUGAAUUAGCCAUAAGGGAACUCAUGGAUCCAGGUCAUUGCAGUAGGGUUCAAAACUUCACAGUUGGUAGAUAUGGUUACGGAUGUGUUAAGUUUUCUGGAGAAACUGAUGUCAGAUGGUUAGAUUUAGACCAGAUUAUCAAGUUCAGGAGGCAUGAGAUUGUUGUGUAUGAAGACGAAACAGCCAAACCAGUGGUUGGUAAGGGACUUAACAAGGCUGCAGAAGUAACUCUAUUGCUACAAAUAAGCUCUUCGAUAGAAAAGUUGAUGGCGAGUGCUGAAAAGCAAGGAGCAGAGUUUCUUUCUUUUGACCCUAGUCGAAAAGAAUGGAAGUUCUUUGUCCAACAUUUUAGCAGAUUUGGUUUAAGCGACGAUGAGGAGGACGAUGUUAUGAUGGAUGAUGCUGAUGUCAAUUUAGAAGUUCGUGAGCGGGUUAUUAUGAAUGAUAGUGAUGGUCCUGAUCUUGAUGAAGACACCCCGUCAAUGGAUUCUCGUCUACUUUCCCAUUCUCUUCCUUCACACCUCGGUCUUGAUCCAGUUAGAAUGAAGGAAAUGAGAAUGAUUAUGUUUCCUGAUGAGGAAGAAGAGGAUGAGGAAUCAAAUGGAAUGUUUUCAAACCACAGGCCUCCGUUUGGUAAGGAACCCAUAAGCAAACCAGUGCAAAGAUCCAGUCCACAGGCAAUUCGUAAAACUCCACUAGCUUUGCUCGAGUACAAUCCUGCCAGUUUUUGCUCUAGUCCUAAUGGGUCUAUAUUAUUGGCUCAACAAAACAAAGGACUACCUUUGAUGAUAGCAAAAGUUCAGGGGUUUAAGCUGGAAGUUAAGGAAACACCGGUAACACGUAGCUAUUCUCGGAAUAUAGUUGAUGCUGGAUUAUUCAUGGGUAGGUCCUUUGGUGUAACCUGGGGUCCAAAUAACCUUCUUCUUCACUGUGGUUCUACUGUUAGCAGCACUGAUCAGAAGCGGGAAUUGUCUUCUACAAUAACUAUAGAAAAAGUUGCAAUGGAUAAUGUGGUCAGAGAUGAAAACAACAAAAUACGGGAAGAACUUAAUGAUUUGUGUUUUGAUUCUCUACUAAAUUUCCAUAAGGAAAUUAGUCAUGAAACAAAAGAGGUUGCAGUUGGUUCAUAUAAGAUAAAGACUCGGGAGGUUGCCUGCAACCGUUUGGAACUUUUACAUGUAUGUAGAAGCUACAUAGGAAUUAUUGAGAAGCAACUGGAGGUUCCCGGAUUAUCUCCUUCAGCUCGUGUGCUGUUAAUGCACCAAGUAUUUGUCUGGGAAUUGAUAAAGGUUCUAUUUUCCUCGAAGGAAAGUUCAUUAGAAGUUGAUGUGGACGCACUCCCAUUGAUCCGAAGAGCAGAGUUUAGUGACUGGUUACAAGAAAGUGUGUGUCACCGUGUACAGGACGAAAUAAGUUCUUUAAAUGAUUCAAAUGAUUUACAACAUUUACUUUUGCUUCUAACUGGACGACAACUCGAUGCAGCUGUAGAACUGUCUGCUUCUAGAGGAGAUGUAAGACUUGCUUGUCUGCUGAGUCAGGCUGGCGGGUCCACUGUCAAUCGUACUGAUAUUGAUCGGCAACUUCGUCUUUGGAAAACCAACGGUUUAGAUUUCAAUUUUAUGGAGCAGGACAGAAUCAGACUUCUCGAGUUACUUGCUGGUAAUAUCGAUGAUGCCUUGGGUGACAUGAUAAUUGACUGGAAGCGGUUUUUGGGAUUGUUGAUGUGGUAUAAACUUCCACCAGAUUCAGAUCUAACCUUCAUUUUCCGGACGUAUCAGCAUCUUCUAGAAGAUGGACGGGCUCCCUUUCCUGUCCCUGUAUACAUAGACGAAGGAUGGGUAGAAGAUGGUAUAAGUCGGAUCCGUGGUAACCGUUUUGAUCUUUCAUAUUAUCUUAUGCUUCUUCAUGGUAGUGAACAGAUUGAAUCUAGCAUCUUGAAGACUAUGUUCAGUGCGUUUGCUUCAACUCAUGAUGCCCUUGAUCAUCACAUGAUUUGGCAUCAACGUGCAGUUUUAGAAGCAAUUGGCACAUUUAGUUCUGAUGAUCUUCAUGUUCUUGACAUGGGAUUUGUUUCCCAGCUGUUAUCUCUAGGGCACUGUCACUGGGCCAUCUAUGUUGUGCUCCACAUGCCCCAUCGUGAUGAUUAUCCGUACCUGCAAGCUAAUGUUAUCAGGGAAAUAUUGUUCCAGUAUUGUGAAACCUGGAGUGCUCAAGAUACCCAACGUCAAUUCAUUGUGGAUUUGGGAAUUCCAUCAGCUUGGUUGCAUGAGGCCUUGGCAGUAUAUCAUGCUUACUUUGGAAAUUGUUUCAAGGCCCUUGAACACUAUCUCGGAUGUGCUUUUUGGCAAAAAGCACAUUCAACCUUUGUAACUUCAGUUGCACUUUCUUUGUUUUUGUCAGGCAAAGAUUCAGAGAUAUGGAGGCUUGCAACAUCUAUGGAAGACCAUAAAUCAGAAAUUGAGAAUUGGGACUUGGGCGCUGGGAUAUAUUUAUCAUUUUAUUUACUUAGAAGUGCAUUGAAGGGAGAGGAUGAUACAAUGACCAAACUGGUUUCUCUUGAGGACAAAAAUGAAGACUGCAAGAAAUUUUUUGGUUGCUUGAAAGGUUCUUUGGCAAUUUGGGGUAACCGCUUGCCUAUUGAUGCCAGAAUGGUGUAUGCAAAUAUGGCAGAGGAGAUCAGUGAUUUGCUAGUUGCCGAUUCUGGGGAGGGUUCGACCACUGAGAUUAAGUUAGAAUGCUUCAAUACUAUAUUCGAGGCCCCCAUACCUGAAGACCUUCUUUCAUGUCAUUUACAGUCUGCCGUAUCUCAUUUUACAUUGUAUCUUACUCAAGCAGCGUCAUAACAUAACAGAACCAUCAUACAGUCAUAUACU